GAUUCUCCAUUUCGUUUUCCAAAAUUUUUCGGAGAUGGAUAUUUAACUUUGCCUUUCACAAGAAAUGGUUACAAAGAGUUCAGUGUGCUUGUCGAAUUCAGGCCUGAACAAAUCAGUGGGGUCCUGCUGUUUGGCCACGCUAACAACAGCCACAUUUCUGAUUUUUUUGCACUUCUACUUCGAGAUAGUCACCUUGUCUUCAGAUUUGAUUGUGGAUCUGGUAUUGGAGAAAUAAUUUCACACGAGCCAAUCAAAUUGAUGCAGUGGAAUUAUGUCCUGAUCAGGAGGCAUAAAUGGCAUGCUUCCAUGGUCAUCAACAACUCGUCUGUUACCAGCGGAAAAUCAAAGGGCAACUUCACGCACAUAAACUUCUGCAAAAAUGUGUACUUGGGAGGACUUUCAACACCAAAUGAAUCCUUAGUUGGAACGUCUUUGAACUUUCAAGGCUGUGUCAAAGGCUUAAGUUUAAAUGGACAGCCGGUAGAUUUGAGAACGAAAAUGUUUGCGGGACACGCACUAGAAAGCAAGAACAUUGGGGAUUGCAGUUCUCAAGUAUGCAGAAUGAUAAAAUGUGUGAACGGAGGAUCAUGUUAUGAAAACGAUAUAGAUAAAUUUGUCUGCUUAUGUCCGCUUGGCACAAAUGGAGUUUUCUGUGAAAAAAAGAUACGUCUAAACACGCCCCGAUUCACAAGCCUGUCCUACCUGCAGUUCAUCGGACUGCAAAGAAAUGUUCUUUCCUACACAGAAAUAGAUUUGUUAUUUCAACCGUUUAACGAAACUGGUCUGAUAUUGUACAACGGUUAUUCAAAGACAGGAAUUGGAGAUUACAUAAGCAUCUUCAUGCUCGAUGGGUAUGUCGUCUAUUCUUUCGACCUGGGAACGGGAUCGCUAACUCUAAAAAGCAAAGAAAAGGUUGAAUUAGGAAGGUGGCACGUCGUAUGGGCGGUGAGAACAGGUAGGGAAGGUUUUCUUAAAGUUGACGAUCAGCAGAUGCUGGAAGGGGUGACAAGUGGAGCUUUCACGCAACUGACACUGACCUUGGACCUCUACAUUGGAGGUCACCGCAAUUUCGAUGAAAUCACUCAAAAAAUUCAAGCCAGAAAAUCAUUCGAAGGAUGUAUUCAAAAAUUGUCUAUAAACAAGAGGCAGAUGAAACUGAUCGAAGAAGCAAAAACAGGAAUAAAUGUAAAGAAUUGCGAACACAUGUGUGAUAAGCAUCCAUGUUUGAAUGGAGGAAAGUGCGUGCCGGACAAAGAUAAUUAUGAAUGUAGCUGCCUUCUAGGAUAUUCAGGAACCAACUGUAACCACAAUCUUAUUGAUCAACUAAAAAAUCCAUAUUUUACUGGCAAAAGUUAUCUUCUAUUCAUGGACCCUGACAUAACCCAAUUGACGAGCGGAGAUCGGAUGAACUUAACAAUAACAUUCAGAACUGUAUCAGAGGCGGGCAUGUUGCUCUGGAUAAGCAAUGAUGACGUCAGCGAGUACAGCGACUUUCUUGCCAUUGGAAUCAAGAACGGACAUCUGUUUGUCACUUUCAAUCUCGGAAGCGGUGAAAUAACCAUGUUCAAUAACCACAGUAAAGUUAACGAUGGCUCAAAACAUACAUUAACGCUUCAGAGAUAUCAAAAAUCAGCCUCGAUGAAUGUCGACUUCAUGUAUCUCGUGAAAGGCUACUCUGAAGGACCAAUGACACAACUGACAACUCACGGCUCCCUUUACAUUGGUGGCAUGGACGACAUAACAUUCAAAACAUUCUACAAGUUUCAUUCCGGAUUUAUAGGUUGCAUAUCAGACCUAUCCUUUCUUCCAACUAGGAGAGUUAACUUAAUAGCCGAGGCAGACGAAGGGUUCAACAUAAAAGAAUGUGACUGA